AUGGACAUCUUCAGUCUCUCCGACCCUUUCGCCAUUCUCUUCCACAACAAGACCGGCGCGGCAGACAACUCCCCCGCCCGCCACAACUCCUCACGCGACACCAACGACGAAUCUGGACCCCCCUCUCAUUCCAUCCUCUCGCUCCACGAAAUCGUUCCUUCAGCCCCCGCUGUCCUGGCCGCCGGUUCCGCACACGGCGCCUACACCCCACGCGACUCGCGCUGGGAGAAAGUCGGCCGCACAGAGACUGUUACCGAUACCCUCAACGUCGCUUUCGCCACCUCCUUCGAAAUCCCUUACUUUUUCGAGCGCAAUCAGAAGCUCGCCGUCGACGUCUUUGACAGCGAUGCACGCUCAGAACGCGAUGAAGACCUUCAUCGUCAUGACUACCUCGGCUCCAUCGAGGUAGCGGUCCCUUCCCUCGUCCGUGCCCCAAGUCAGAAACUAACUCUACCGCUCAAGACAAGCUCCAACCCCAAUCAAAGAAAUGGCUUUUGCACUCUCAUAGUCGAGGAAGUCACAAUGGGCAAACAGCGCGUUCUCUACGACAUGUCUAUUCAAAACUUAAGAAAAACAAUCCCCUUCUCCCGCGCCAAAGGUCCCUACGUCACAAUUUCUCGCAGACACAGAGCAGAGGGAGGUACAGAUGACAAAUGGAUCCCCAUUCUCCGCACACCCGCCCCGGGAAAGCUCACUACUCACCCAAGAAAAUGCUAUGACCUUGGCAAGCUUAACCACAACUACCAAAAGUUGUGCCAUUGCGAUGAGAACCUUCCGCUGCGAUUCGACGUCAGUUAUGAAAAACGCGGCAAGCACAAAGUCAUUGCGACCUCUACCGUCAGUUUGAAGCAGGCGAGAGAGGCCGCGGACGUUAUCGACCUCGUCUCCGCUAAAGCGGUGACAUGCGCGACGGCAGGAUCACCAAAUGGCCAGCUUUUGCUGCAAAACGGAGUCAUCCUAGAAGACAACACUUUCUUAGACUAUAUUGUCGGAGGUUGUGAGAUUUCUCUGGUUGUUGGCAUCGAUUUCACCUCCAGCAACGGAGAUCCCUUGCAGCAGGGAACCUUGCAUUAUUGGGAUACAAUGCAACCAAAUGAGUACGAACUGGCUAUCCGUGCUGUCGGUGAUAUUCUAGCCUACUACGACACAGAUGAACGAUUUCCGGCUUACGGCUUUGGGGCAAAACUACCACCUGACUUUCAAGAACCUCGCCACAUCUUCUCCCUUACCGACAGCGCCGAUCCUACAUGUCACAAGAUUGAUGAAGUCCUGAACAUGUACAGACAAACUCUUUACAACAUCCGUCUUUCCGGACCGACUGUCUUCGCUGAGAUCGUUCGCGCCGCCGCGGCGCACGCUCAAGCUGAGCUUUCACGGCACGAACAGUCGUAUACCAUUCUUCUCAUCGUCACGGAUGGCAUCAUCAAUGAUUUGGACAAUACCUUGGACGAGAUCGCGAAAGCGGCAUUCCUGCCUCUGUCAAUUGUCAUCAUUGGCGUCGGAAACGCCGACUUCACAGAUAUGGAGCGACUGGAUGGCGAUGACCGAAACUUGGAUCGGGAUAUUGUACAGUUUGUUAACUUUCGACAAUUCAAGGAUAUGCGGGAAGUGCUGCAAGCCCAGGUUCUUGAAGAAAUCCCAAGGCAAUUCUUGCAGUAUAUGGAGAUGCACGGAAUCAUGCCUCGUCAACCGCCAGUCGAUUAGCCGAGCGACCUCCAAGUCCAAAGGCGAACGCGAAGCUCCAUAUGUUCACUGUUCGAGGUUGAAUCCCAAGGUCAAAGCCAUCGUAUAACGUUUUCGGUGUGCUGCGCUCUAAUAUAUCGCUUGUGUUCCACGAGCCGCGUAGGAAAUUCCCCUUCGGUGGAAGCGUUGUACUACACUUGUAACCUAGUGCCGCUCUAUUAUGGUCAUGGCGUUUGAUCUCUUCAUGCAUGUGGUCUUCAUUUCUACAUCAACUUUGUGCAUCAGCCAGAUCAGCUUGAUUUUGCAGCCCUUACCAAUGACGAUAAGCCGUAGCUCUCGUACGAGGCUACAUCAACCACAGAGUGGUUGGAGUUGACGCCUUGGUGAGGUCAAUUGUCAUCCAUUCCAUCAUAUGUUCACUUCGCGUAAAGUGCUUACGAUACUAAGCAUUAGGGAUUGUACACAUGAGGAGGCUUUUGAGAGCAAGAGAUAGGUGACACCCUCGGAUAAUUUUAUUUCCAUACUUGGGCCGCAAAUAUGCUCCAUACGACACGGGCUGCAGUGCAUUGUGCUGAGUUAAACGUCUAGAACCCAGCAAGAAGAUACCAACCUUGCGGAUGCCCUGCAACCGUUCCAUGCCAUCAUGAGAGACAAUACCGGCCUUUGAGAAAAUGAUUAUUGCAAAUCUCUGACGCUUUUCGGAGCCAGCCUGCGAUGGCAUCCAGACAGCGGCUAGCAGCAGGAACAUAAUUUCACUCGUAUUCUCCCUUGAAAGGACAAGAACAACAUCGCAACGGUUGCUCGACGAAUAUCACAGGAUUGCUCCCGUCUUUAGGGAUGGUUUAAAGCUGUGCAAAAGUAGUUACGAAGCGGGAAAAUUCUCUAUGUUUCUGUCUAGUAAUUAAGAUAGUGGUAAUCUUCCUGCACAGCGGUAGUAUUUCCCAUGCUAGUCAUGACAACUACUUUCACAGAUCCGCUUCCCGGCGGCACCUUGCAAAGAAGCCAAUCAUUGCGUGAACUUACUCUUGAAACUUCAGCCGGUAAAUCACCAAAGGUAACUUUUGCUCCUUCCUCGAGGAAGCGUCCAGUGAUAGAAA